CCUUCGUACCUCCCAUAUUCACAAAUCUUACACUUAUUAUUAUAGUUCUAUAGUUUGGAGCCUGUAGGGAAGCCAGACUACAUUUAGUGAAGAGAAAUUAGGAAGACUUCGUGUUACAUAUUAGGAAAAGGAAGAAUUUCGGAAGGUCGUCCUCAUGACUCAGACUCCAUUGUCAAGUUAGAGUACUGCUACACUAUCAGCCUUUACCCUGCACUGUAUAGACAUUUGUUAUGCCAGUCUGAAUGAAACUUCAUUCAAACGGCCAAAACAAGUAAGCUAGGCGUAUGCAGAAGUCCCACAAUCUUCAUCAGGAUCCACCAACUCGCACCCAAGGAGCUGUCAGCCAAAUUCUAGGAAGGGACGCCCAAACGCAACUUGCAGCUCUACAGAUUUCAACUAAACAAAGUUACUGGUCCUAGUAGCCGUAUUUAAACCGGAUAGUUGCCAGUGAUUACUUUGAGUCAGUCAUCAUCAAACUGCGAAUCCACCCGAAAUGACAGCCAGCACUUCAGUAAUCGCAGAAAGGGAUGAAACUGGACGUAUAUUCUACACCACUGUUGGACAUAGUACCGACAUUCCAGCCAAAAAGACCGCACGUACCACCACCGAUAUCAAAAUCCCUCCCCAAAAUCGAGUUUUCAAUGAAAAACCCUUACAAGCUCUAGGACGUACCAUCUCAGCGAUAUUCCUCCCAGCUGGAUAUCCGAACACUGUCACUCCUGAUUAUCUGCACUAUCAAAUGUACAAUGACGUGCAGGAAUUUUGCAGUUCUUUGUCAGGUUUACUGGCUUCCAGAGGCGCGCUCGAAGGUUUCGGAGUGGGAAACGCAUCAGCAUCAGCAACCCAGGCGCUCCUCUUAUCAGUACUGAAAGAUGUCUGUUCGCGGUUCACAACCAUAAUAGGCGCUUAUUACUUCGGUACAUCACUAUACCCCGAAACCAAGACAUUCCGCUUUCUCGCAGAUGUCAUCAACGACACUUCCAUCGUACUAGACACUAUAUCCCCAUAUUUCACCAGCAUCUCCAUAUCCACUACAUCUCCAUAUAUUCCUUCAGGCUCGACUCUCCAAAUCAUAGCGUUGUGUAUCAGCGGGGCUAUGAGAUCUCUCUGCAGUCUUGUAGCAGGUGGAUCAAAAGCAGCACUCACGGACCACUUCGCUUCACCCGAGAACAGCAAAGGCGACGUAGGCGAAUUGAACGCUAAAGGCGCAAGCAGAUCGACUGUGGUCGCUUUGACAGGUGUCUUGCUCGGAACGCUCAUCGUUCCUUAUAUCACGACCCGCACCUCAAUUUACACCGCCCUUUUUGUUCUCGUCUUUGGCCAUCUUUUAGCCAAUUAUCUUGCGGUGCGCAGCGUCGUACUCAGAUCGUUUAAUAGGCAACGGUCUAGCAUCCUUUGGAGUACGUUCCGUAACCCGAAAGCAGGAGCACACGGUCGUUCUGUCAUCCUGACCCCAAGAGAUGUAUCGAACCGAGAGAUAAUUCUAGAUAUCCCCAGCCGCAUCCGCGAUGCAGUCGCCAACCGAGUCAUCGGGCAAUGCUCAUUAGGCGUAUCAGUGCAGUACGCUAUGACGUGCUGUAACACAUCGCACGUUCUCAAGAUGCUCCAAUACUUCCAGGAAGAACCGUACGUUCUCUUCGUGGCAGAACCUCAAUCAUGGGGGCGACGCGGACCAUGUAUUCUGGUGUCUUUCAAAGAAGGAUACGGAUCCCUGGACCAACUACGCGCUUGGCUGCAUGCGCUGGAGAUAGCUGCGGUGUGGAGCGCCCGGGAUAUGCGUCCCAGCGGUCGUCCCAGUGAGAUAGAUGACAUGGUGCUUUCAACGCACGAGACCCUCAGGGAGGAGUUUUCUCGUUUCAUGGGGUGCAUGAAAGAAGCGGGGUGGAAUAUUGACGAAGGCGCGAUGAUGAUGGGGUCUCCGGGUAGUGUGAUUAUGUCGCCUGAGACGAAGAAGGAUGCAUGAUUUAUUUCUAGAAGCAUACAGCAGCACUUGGUUCACUUGAUGUAUAAAUCAACAUAUGCCGCUUUAAUCGUUUAAAUAAGAUACACAUAACACUCUCGCGCAGGGAUAAUAGAUACAUAAACUGGCGUACCAUUGCCGAGCUAUUUUAUUUUGAUUCCUUGGUUAUUGGCUAGGGUCAAGUCCUAUGGUAGACACUACCUAUA